ACACGUGUUUCUGCACAUCCACACAGGACAAACGGGACACUUUCAACCCAUCCAAACGGGUUUUUUUUUUUUUUUUUCGGCGACACUCCUCCUCAGGCCUAGAACACUUAGUAAUAUUGACAGCCGAUGUAUUGGAAUGUAUAGAACAACAGAAACGAGAGAGGAAACACCGGAGAGCACCUACUUGUUGACAUUAGCGACCUCCUCUCGUUUUUAAAACACAGCCAAAGCGCUUCACAAUGAAACCUCAGGACAAUAUCAGGGAGAAGACCACCGCGUGGAUCUUUGGAUACGGCUCCUUGGUGUGGAAACCAGGGUUUGCUUACAAGAAGAGCAAAAUCGGAUACAUUACAGGGUACAAAAGGCGCUUCUGGCACGGAGAUGAUUUUUACCGAGGGAACAAGGACAAGCCGGGCAGAGUGGCCACACUAGUGGAGGAUCAGGAGGCUUGCACGUGGGGAGUGGCCUACGAGGUGACAGACUCCCAGGUAGACGAGUCCCUCCAGUACCUGAACACGAGAGAGGUCGUGCUGGGGGGUUACAGGACCGAGAUGGUGGAGUUCAUCCCGAAGGAGCAGGGCCAGGCUCCCCUGUUGGCCCUCGUCUACAUCGCCACCUCCGACAACCCCAUCUACCUCGGUCCGGCCUCGGACAAGGAGAUCGCCGCCCAGAUCGCCGCCUGCAGGGGCAGCACGGGCCACAACAGUGAAUACCUGGUGCGCCUGGCGGAGUUCAUGAGGCUGUACUGUCCUGAGGUAGAGGACGAGCACCUCUUCUCUAUUGAGGCGGCUCUCCUGAACAUUUUCAGUGACUGUGGAGGGAUCAAACCCUUAGACCAAACACCCCUGCUGAUGGCAGGGACAUGAAAGAUUACAUACUGUACAUAUUAUUAAGAUUUUUAUUUUUAUGCUGGGUGAAAGGGAAAUCUUGCAAGACAUUUUAAGGGUAUCCGCCACUUGAAUAGGCAAUACCCCGUUUGACGUCAAGGCAAAUGUAAAAACUGGUGACGUUUUCUAUUUUAAGGUAGUAACAUAACCUCACAGAGUGUUCGUCAGCACUCGUCUUUGACCUUCUCACUUGACAUUUUUGGACUGCGAAGACGGAGAAUUUAUCUUACACACACACACCGCUGUACAGUACACUGAAUGAAGAUUCCAGAAGCAUGUGGUGCUUUUAAAAAACACACACCAGGAGAUGACGACGUCUCCCGCUGAAUAUCUUACACCUUUGUUGUAAAAGGAUUUCAGCAAUGAUUGUAUACUGUGUACCUUUUUAAAAUAAACGAUUGAAUUCUG